GGAAAAUGACGCUAUUAUUUUUCAAGUUCCGGAAAUGAACGUUUCACUCUUAGUUUGGAGAGAGACGGGAGAUUUACCUGGACGUAAACCCUGCAGAAAGCAAGCCGUUUACUUCCCAAAUCCGUUUUUUAAAAAAUCGUCUGGAUGUGAACUCUCUCGACGCUCCCUAACAGUGGGUUAUCUGAAGGGACUAAGCUUACUCGACAUACCCCGCGAGGCAAGAUGGCCACCCUCAUCAUAAGCUGGUUUGGACGUACUGGGAGGGCGACUCAGGAGUAGCUUGUUCUGCCUGGCAGCGGAGAACGGAUUGUGGUGCUUUAGGCAGCUGUGCAUCCGGAGACAUGGAUGUGCCCAUGGAAACCUGGAAUGGCCUUGGUGCUCAGCUGACAUCCUUGUGGCUGAACAGAUUUUACAUUUACUCCUGUGCUGCUUUUGGAUUCAGCCUUUGGCUCUGCAUCCAGUUCAUCACAAAAGCCAAAAAGCAGAAUGCAAAGCACCUCCAGAUGUUUUCCAAAGUCACUGAAGAUGGUCUUGCAAAAGACCAAACUGGGGACCGCCACAUAACUGGGGUGAAAAUUUUUUACGGCUCUCAGACUGGAACAGCAAAGGGGUUUGCGUCCAUUCUCGCUGAAGCUGUGGCCACUCUCAAUUUGCCAGGAGAAGUCAUUGACAUGAGAGACUACGAUCCUGACGAUUCUCUAGCUGAAGAGGCAACCAGCAAGAAUGUCUGUGUGUUCCUAGCAGCCACGUACACGGAUGGGAAGCCAACAGACAACGCAGCGUGGUUCUGCAAAUGGCUGGAGGAGGCAGCGAAUGACUUCAGGGUCGGCAAGAAGUAUCUGAAGGGUUUGCAGUACGCCGUCUUUGGGCUGGGCAACUCCUUGUAUGCUGAUCACUACAACACUGUGGGCCGAAGCAUCGACAGGUGGCUUUGGAUGCUGGGCGCCAGCCGCAUCCUGUCCUGCACCAAGGGUGACAGCAACGUCUCCAAGAGUAAACACGGCAGCAUCGAGGCUGACUUCGAGGCAUGGAAGGCCAAGUUCCUCGCCCGGCUCAAGGGCCUUGGCAAAGGGCAGAAGAAACCCUGCAGCGGAAGAUGCAAGAAAGGCAGAUGUGGAUCCAAAAAGAAGGGGAGCCCCGAAGGAUCAGACCGGGAGCAAAGGGCCUUGAGGCGAGAGGAGAAGGAGGAGGAAGAACCGUUUGAAACCACAAGCGAGGAGGAGUCUAGCGGCGAGGAAGGAGGUGCUGCAAGCCCCGUCGUUGACGUGGAGGAUCUGGGGAAGGUGGUGGGCCGUAUGAAGAAAGCCCAGAGAGAGCGCGAACUUGAGGAAGAGGUUUCCCAAAGAGGUGGAUCACAGCAGGCCACCGGGGAGGACGAGCGGAGAGAGAUGAUCACGCCAGCUCUUCGGGAAGCACUCACGAAACAAGGUUACAGAUUGAUCGGGAGCCAUUCUGGGGUGAAGCUUUGUCGCUGGACCAAGUCGAUGCUUCGAGGAAGAGGAGGCUGCUACAAGCACACCUUUUACGGCAUCGAAAGCCACCGCUGCAUGGAGACCACGCCCAGCCUGGCUUGCGCCAAUAAAUGCGUCUUCUGCUGGAGACACCAUACCAAUCCUGUGGGCACAGAGUGGCGGUGGAAGAUGGACCAGCCGGACAUGAUCUUGCAGGAGGCUAUUGAGAACCACCAGAACUUGAUCAAGCAAUUUAAAGGCGUUCCAGGAGUGAGGGGCGACCGGCUGGAAGAAGGGAUGCUCCCCAAGCACUGCGCGCUGUCUCUGGUCGGGGAGCCCAUCAUGUACCCCGAAAUUAACCGAUUCCUCAGGCUGCUACAUCAUUGUAACAUCUCAAGCUUCCUCGUUACAAACGCACAGUUCCCAGUGGAGAUAAGGAACCUUGAGCCCGUGACUCAGCUUUACGUCAGCGUGGAUGCCAGCACCAAAGAGAGUCUGAAGAAGAUCGACCGGCCCCUCUUCAAAGACUUCUGGCAGAGGUUCCUGGACAGCUUAAAGGCCUUGGCUGAGAAGCAACAACGGACCGUCUAUAGGCUAACUCUGGUGAAAGCCUGGAACGUGGAGGAACUCCAGGCCUAUUCGGAGUUGGUGUCUCUCGGCAAGCCAGAUUUCAUCGAGGUGAAGGGAGUGACUUACUGCGGAGACAGUUCGGCCAGCAGCCUCACCAUGGCCAACGUCCCCUGGCACGAGGAGGUGGUGCACUUCGUCCAGGAGUUGACGGACCUCCUCCCGGACUAUGAAAUUGCCUGUGAGCACGAGCACUCCAACUGCCUCCUGAUUGCCCACAAGAAGUUCAAAAUCGAUGGAGAGUGGCACACAUGGAUCGACUACGAUCGCUUCCAAGAUCUGGUCCGCGAGUACGAACGGACAGGGGCAGCGAUGACGUUCACCUCAGCAGACUACGCGGCUCAGACUCCCCCGUGGGCAGUGUUUGGGGCCAGAGAACGGGGGUUUGACCCACAAGACACAAGAUUUCAACGAAAGAACAAGACGAAGGACAUCUCAGGAUGUUGACACCUUCAGCCAUUAGCCCUUUGGAAUGGAUCUUGAUAGACUCAGUGAGUGCUUCACUUCUUACACCAGCAUCCAGACUCUUUGUAUUGGAUUCACCUGAGCCUUGACAGCCACAGGGGAAAUGAACGUGGCUUUAUUUCUCUCUUUCUUUGCAAACCCCGAAUUGCUUUUUCUUCGAUAACUUAUUUUUUUUAAUCUAGCCAAAUGAGAGAGAUAAGUAGCGUGCUUGAAAAAAGGCCACAUUUUGCCAUUCUGAAGGUAACUCUCUAAAAUCUUUGUGCUUCUGGUCACCUGGGGCGACUACCACUUCUUGUUCUGGUUGCUGCACGCUUGCAGUCAAGAGGCUUUUUUGAACGCGGAAAGGUUUUCAACAUGUAGUUAGUCCUUAGGGUCUGUGGGUAUCAGAUUCACACAUACCUCCUGGAGUUUUUUUGGUUUUUUUAAAGGGGGAGAGUUGCUGCCUCUUAACUUUUCCCAGUUGCAACAUCCUAGGAUGGCUAGCCCACCACAAAAUGUAGCCAGAAGUUUGGCAGAAGGUGCUGUUGCAGCAGAAAAUUAGAGCGGAAAUCCCCACACCUCUUUUGGAUCUGUGCGCUUGGUUCCUCUGGAUGGAGACUGGUAUUGUGUGCACCCGGCUUAGCUUUUACACCCACGGCAGACUUUGAGAAUGUGAGGCAAACCUGCAUUUCUGGCACAACGUAGUCUGAGCAACGAGCUCCAGAUGACCUCUGGAGUCCCCCUCCCCCCUUUUGAAAAGCCUUAUUUGACCCCAGUAGAUAUAAAUUGGAAUGUUCUCAACGUCUGAGGGCCUGUCGUACUUACACCAGUUUAACUGCCGGGGGUGGGUGGGUGUCUUUUACUUCACCCUCUUUGGAAUCCUGGGAACUGUAGUUUGGUGAGUCUGUGGCUUUAUGAAAAUCCUUAACUUUUUCAUAGCACUGUGGGGCACAGGGCUGCACUUAACAGGAGCCAUGCAGUUUGAGUGUGUAUUCUGGAGAAACUGAAAGGAUCAGAAUGAAAGAAUCCAAGGUCUCCUACCUGAUUUUGCUCCUCCUACUUAGUGCUUCCAACGUUUGGCAUCAUUGGUACAUUUAGAUGGAUGUUAUAUGCUCUUUGGGAACGGAGGCUGUUCUUUUUUUCUUUUUUUCAAGUUUCGUUGGCCCCAAAUACCAAUUCGUCCAUACAGUUUGCACGAAGAGAUGCCUGAUUCAUUUAGAGCCAUGUAUAAUUAAAAUGGAGCAGUCCCAUGUUUCUACUCUCGCCUCCGUGGUUGCUGUCCUGCCAUAGCUGUGGGCUCAGGUAAGGAUGAAGAAUGCUUGGAGCCGGAGGUAUUUUGCAGAUGUUUCCUGCAGGUGCUCACUGAUUCCUUUUCUGGUGAUUGGCGACUGUUAAAAUAGGGGAAAUGUCUUUGCCUGCAUAUAUGGCUAUCUAGGGUUGGAGCCUGUAUUCAUCUGUAUUUUUAACAUAAAUUUUUCUCCAGGAUCCAAGAGUGUCACAUUGCCAUUCCAGAUUAAACCCAGCCUGCCUUUUUAAAUUACCUUACAUUUUUGUUUCUAAAUUAUUGCCUUAACAUUUCAAAAACAGUGUUCCCACUUUAAAAUCCUGGUUUAUUAGAGUUUCUGGGAUAUGUCUGUGUCUCACCACCCCCCACCUCCCUUCAGAAAUACUUGUUGCUCUGUAGGAAAGAAGAAACAUAAGGGAAAUAAAUGUAAUUUGAAUUUCAAAUCAGCUUUUGUGAAUGUUAAGCAAGAAAAAAUUGACUUUUUCCUUUAGGGUUCCAAGGCCUGUGCACUAUAAACUGGGAGUCAGUCCCAUUGAAUGGAGCUUAGUUCUGAGCAGACAUAUAUAAGGCCAGGUCUGUUUCCUCGUGGGGUA